AUGCUCAGUCUAUUAAUGGUUUUUUUGAAAAUCUUGCAAUCAUUUUCAUGUUCGAAUACCUGUAAAUAUUGCAAAAUACUUAAUGAAGCUUGAAUUUAGUAUUAUCUAAUCAGCAAUCCUUGCAGUGGUAUGACUUGCUCUUUGAAUUCUACUAAUUGCGAUCCAAAAUGCAAAUCAUGCGAUCCUACUUCAGAAACUUGCUCAAAUUUGUUUACAGCCUGCUCAAGAGACAAAGUAAAAACAAAUUAGUCUAUAUGUGGCUAUCCGAUUAAUUACUAUACAGUAGUAGGGAAUAUUUUAAGCUCAGCAGAAAUUUCCUCUGGAACAAUAUGCUAUUGAAUUAUAGAUGGACACUCCUAUUAUGACUCUUAUGGCUAUGACACUUUAUCAUUUUCCUACAUGUUUAUGGGAGUAUGUAAACUUUAUAUAGAA